ACAAAACGUACGACUUUCAAUAACUUUAUCAGUAUUCCAAACCGGCGAACCCGUAGUCUCACAUGAAAGCGGCAAUGCGCGCACAAUGGAACCCUCAGCGAAGCGCGCGCGACUCGGCCCAGCGCCCUUCGAGGACUUUGAUGACCCAGACGCCGACGAGCUCAAUGAGCGACCAGAAGAGGUGAACGCGCGCCGAAAUCCCGCCGUGCAGCUCGAGCGGUCACGCGCAUUCGCCGCAUUCAAGCUGAAAUCGGCCUUUGAACGAAUAUUUGAGAAAUAUGAAAAGGACUUCACCGGUGUCGGCGACGAGAUCAAGCUCAGCACGGGCGAGAUUGUCGUGGAUAAUGGGCAUAUCCAGUCGCUCAAAGAUGCGCAGCUCGGGGGCGCCGAGGACGGGGACGGGGUUAGUGGUGAUGAGGUAUCCGAUGCUGGGUCUUUGAAUGAGGAGGAGAGGAUGGUGAGGGGCAAGGCGGACAACAGGUUGAGCCGGCUGGGACAGAGUCCGCCGCUCUUGAUGCCUCCGCAAAUCGGCACACCACCACCACCCUUUCUCGCUGCAGGAUGGUCUGGACGAGCACUAAUGUUUGGAGGAACACCGAGAGUCCCAGGCGUAAUCUACCCGGGUCAGAUGCCGCUUGGUGGAUUCCCGAUGCAUUUUGCGACUCCGAGCCCGAUGCCGACGACGGACCCGACUUGGAAGACGCCCGAGCUACCCUCGUCAUCGAUCAGAAAUGCCCUGACUUGGGGAGAAUCCACUGGCUCGGUCAGGAAGAAGACAGCACGGCUCUCACUAAGCGCCGCUCGCGAGCAAAAUGGCGCGGACGAGGACGACAUCUUUUUGGAUUUGUCUGCUACCGGGAAGGACGAGGAGAAGGACGGAGAGUCCAUCGUGAAGCAGAGAGUUCUUCUGCCGCGACCACCACCCGAGAAGAUCCGGGUCAAGAAGCAUCGGAGCAAGUCAGGAGGAACUGGCCCCAAGCAUGCACAUGAGGUCAAGGAGCUUCGCGAAUCUCAACAUGUUCUGAAGCCCCUAGCCCAGAGAAAGAAGGUAUUCCAAACAAAGCCUGCCAUUGCGGUAGACCGCACGGGUUCUGUGCCUUCACCUGAGCCUAGUUUCGAAGCCAGAGCCGAUGUCGAGGCGGCUGGAAAUGCGGCCGAGCGGAUGCAGGCGGAUGUUGCUGAGCCUACCACGCCAAUGGUUCCCGAAGGACCCAGGAUUGAAAGCAUUGAAAGAGAUGUGCCAGGUCAGAGCGAACUGGUAGUCGUCGAAUCCCCACAAACAACCGUACCGAAACCCGAGACCGAGAUACUUGAUCCAGCCGAUCCGGAUGUUUACGCCAGAAUCUCCGACGAGGGCGAGGAACAGAGAUUAACGAGGAAGCCAGGGAACCAGACCCUUCUAGUUGAAAUAAUAACAGGGAAUGUACUUGAUGUCCAUUCGUUCAGAAUCCAUACACCAGAACCGGCAGAAGCAGACAUUGCGAGGCAUGGGGAGACCGUUAUGGAUGGACCCUCACCCAAGGAAAUGAGAGCCGCCAAAGUCCGAGACACGGAUAGCCAGUCUUCCGAUAGGAUGACCGCCUCCGGAAGGAAACACCAGCCUCAGGCCGUGCCGACCGAAGUAUUCGCAAGAAACCGUGUCGAUCCGACAUAUGCGUUCUCGGACGAAGAGGAGCCAAUGCUACCGAGGAGACGAGUGUCGCAGCGAAAGCACAACAACUCCAAACACGUCAAAUUCACCAAUGCCGGAAAUGCCGUGUUGCGCGAAAUCUCUUGGAACGUUGGAUCGGGAACAGCCAACGGUGGACGAGAGCCUGUCACAGAUGCAUCAUAUUUACAGCAGGUUGAGUCCGUUGCUGUACGAGAACAGUCACCGACUUUAAGUCUGCGUCUGGACGACGAGGAGAGUCGUCCUGGGAGCUGCCGCAAGGAGCCAUUGGCGGGAGGUAGAGAUGGACCACGGCAAAUGUUGGUUACCAAACCAUCCCAACAGACAGCCGAUCAAACUGGGCAAACGCCAGGGGGGCAUGUGAGAAGCCGAUCGUCUAGAGAACAGGCCGAAAACGCUCCAUUUGUCAACGCGGGCCCGAUGGCAAGGGGCCUAAAGGCACAGCGGAAUACCUGCAAUGAAGCUCAAGAAACCCAUUCUUUCGGCAGCAGGAGGAGAGGCCGUCCGCGCAGGACCCGGCCGCGUGAUACACCAGCCAGAACAUCCCGUUCGCUCAACUUGCCAACAGGUACUUCUCUGGCGCAGCAAAUAAGGCAGGAGAUACCAGAGACUUCACCCAACGCCCAACCAGCCAUCAGGUCGCCAGAAACUGCCCCGAUGAGGCCCAUUCUGGAGCCCAUCGAACCCAAACCCCCAUUCUCGUCAGCAGAGCACACUGGAGGUACCCCAGAUCAGCUCGACAGAGCACCCUCCCCGACGCCCACCAACCCGACCUCCCAAUCCCAACCGUCACCAUUCCAUCCCGAACCACACAAACCUCCAUUGAACCCCGGCACGCCCGUGAAAACACCCGGCUGCCGAGGCCACAAACCACGCCAAGGAACAGCGCCACCCACAACAGCAAUCAGGACCAAGGCCGCAAAAACAGCAACCACGACAACAACAAGACAAGGCAUCCUCUCCCUCCUACCCGCUGGUAAUGACGACGAUGACGAUUACAAAGACGAGCUCUCCGUCAUCAGCCCGCUCAAACCGGCCACCACCGUCCGCUCGACCCCAGCAACCCAUCACGUCCGCCUGGGGCUGCUGGCGCCCACACGGAGCGGUAGCGACAGCGGCAGGUCCAUGACAGCGACGGCGUCGAAGCUGAAGAACGCUGUUCUUGCCGGCUGCUCCGCGGCGGCGGUGGGGAAGAAAGAUGGGGCUGCUGCUGCUGGUGCUGGGCCCGGGGCCGGGGCCGGCUUGUUGUUUCGCACCCCGAGUGGGAGGAAACGCGAGAAGGAGGGUGGUCCAUCGGGGGCCAUCACGGGAGAGGAGGGGUCGAGGACGCCGUCUUCUUCGCGGCUGGAAUUGGGGCUGUUGGUGCAGACACCGGGAGGAACGAUGCGCAGGUGCGGGGAGGGUGGGUUCAAGUGUGAGAGGGAGUUUUGCUUUAGCUGUUUGUGAGGGGGUGUCUGCUUUAGCUGUCUGUCUGUGAGGAAGUUCAGCCUGCCUUUGACCUGACCUACCCUAAGAAGAUUCUAAGGCCUUCAACAUAGCUGCCACGUAGCCACAAUCAGUACAAUGCAGCCCUUAUAUGUCUGUUAGCGCGGACCUUGAGCGGUUCACGCGUCUUCUUCACUAUUACCUUCUAUCUGCUCUCUUUUUUC